UCCUCUGGACAAUGACGUUAACCCUCUGGAGUUCUAUCUGCAUUGGCAAAACAUACACAGAUGUAAUUCUGACGGUGGAUACUCUGGUGGCAGCACCGGCGUCUUCUUCAUCCCUUGUGGUGGGCGACAUCGCCAACAACCUGAAGGCGGAAGAUAAGAGAGCAGAACUAACCCUGUGCAAGAUCUUCCAAGCAUCAACCUGGGCGUUCAAGGCAGUGACCACUGCUUCCUUCUUCAACAGGACUACUCUUCUUUGGCUGAUCCAGAUGCAGGAGAGGGCUUCAUCAUCAGAGAAUACAAAAUAGCAUAAAGCAUUUCCUGAGGUCAACUCUUGAUGUUUGACUGCUCGGUAGUUCAAGAUGGGCUGCUUUCAAGGUAGAUUCAUUUCUGAAUAUCUCCCAGAAUUUUAAAGAACUUUUGCAGUAAAGGCAGUACAUUGAAAGCUCUGUAACUGUUGAAAGCAUUGAGGAGUCUGGAGAAAGUGCUUGCUUCUGGAUAGCUACUUUUAAAAAAGAAUCCAAAACCAGACAAUCACCCAGUAAGCCAAGAACUCUCUUUAUCGUUCCCAAAGCACAGAAAGGCCACUGUGAGUGUUGUGGAGAAGAUUUCAAAGAUUUACAGAUGAAAUAAUCCAGAAGGAAGAGCAAAGAGGAAAAGCAAGGAGAGGCAAGGCAAGGACCAGUAAGAAUCCCAGACUUUCAAUGCAAAGCAAAAGAAAACGAAGAAAGGGCACCACAAUCUGCCUUCCUUGCAUGCCAGACAGCUGGUGCCAACUCUGGUUCCGAUUAUGAAGGCAUUAUGAGCUGCUCGCUCCAGAACUGGGUGUUGACAGCUUUCUGCUGCCUGCUGCUUUGUCAUUCAGGUUUUGUGAAGGCAGAUCCACAGCCUGGUGAUUCGCGGAGGUGGGUCCCAAAUUCCAGUUGGCGCAAAAGAUGGGGUAUUUCAGAAAUCACAUAUCCCACUAGGCUGGUGAAACACAAUUCUGGGGGAGAGAUCCAGAAGUAUCAGCUGGACACAAGAGUGAGAAAAGAGACUGGUGGCAGCAGAGGAGGCGACAGAAAAGGAGGAAGCCCUAUUAUCCAUCUGGCCCAAGUGAGUUUCCUCAUCCCUGCCUUUGGUUCAACCUUCAUUUUGGAUCUUGAGCUGAACCACCAUCUGUUGUCCUUAAAUUAUGUGGAACGUCAUUUUGGACAGGAUGGAAAUGCCAGCCACACCACGGGACCGAAUGAGCACUGUUACUAUCAGGGAAAUCUCCGCGGAGAAGCAAACUCUUUUGUGGCUUUAUCUACCUGCCAUGGCCUACAUGGUGUUUUCUCUGAUGGAAAAGACAUGUACCUCCUGAAGCCUCAUGAUUCACUUGAACAUCAAGCGCAGGAGCAACUUCCUCACCAGAUCAACCAGACACCGGUACCUCGCAUGCCCAGUGGUUGCACAGAACCAGAGUGUUUAUUUUCUGCAUUGAACAACUACAUUACUCCUGGGCUUCCUAAACUGCGCCGAAGAAGACAGGUUCACCGAGGUCAUCGGACUGUCCACAGUGAGACCAAAUUCAUUGAAUUGAUAAUUGUUAAUGACCACCAACUGUUUGAACAAAUGCGUCGCUCAGUCAGCCUUACCAGCAACUUUGCAAAGUCUGUGGUAAACCUUGCUGAUGUGAUUUUUAAGGAGCAGCUGAACACUCGUAUUGUGUUGGUUGCCAUGGAAACAUGGGCAUCAGGGAAUAAGAUCCAGACGGAUGAAGAUUCCCUCGAGACACUGAGAGAGUUUAUGAAGUAUCGUCAAGAGUCUCUUCCUGAACACAGUGAUGCUGCUCAUCUCUUCUCAGGGCACACUUUUAGAAGCAGCCGCAGUGGUACAGCUUACAUUGGCGGAAUCUGCUCAGUUGCUAGAGGUGGCGGUGUGAAUGAGUAUGGUACCGUUGGAGCGAUGGCAGUAACAUUAGCCCAGACCUUGGGGCAAAACAUUGGCAUGAUGUGGAACAAGCACCGUGCUUCUGCAGGAGAUUGUCGCUGUCCUGACUUAUGGCUGGGUUGUAUUAUGGAAGAUACUGGAUACUACCUGCCACGGAAAUUUUCACGCUGCAGUGUUGAUGAAUACAAUCAGUUUCUGGCUGAAGGAGGAGGAAGCUGUCUCUUUAACAAGCCUUUGAAGCUCCUUGAUCCUCCUGAAUGCGGUAAUGGAUUUGUUGAAGCAGGAGAAGAAUGUGACUGUGGGUCCUUUGCGGAAUGUUCUAGAAGUGGGGGAAACUGCUGCAAGAAAUGUACCCUUACACAUGAUGCCAUGUGCAGUGAUGGGUUGUGUUGUCGAGAGUGCAAGUAUGAGCCACGGGGUGUAACUUGUCGAGAAGCUGUGAAUGAAUGUGAUGUCCCAGAAACUUGUACUGGGGACUCCAGUCAGUGUCCACCUAAUGUACAUAAGCAGGAUGGCUACUUUUGUGAGAAUGAACAGGGGCGGUGUUAUGGAGGCCGUUGUAAAACCAGGGAUCGCCAGUGCAAUGCAUUGUGGGGGCGAGCUUCGGCUGAAAGGUUUUGCUACGAGAAGCUCAAUGUUGAAGGCACUGAGCGUGGGAACUGUGGGCAUGAGGGGAACCGCUGGGUGCCCUGUAUCAAGCAGGAUGUGUUGUGUGGAUAUCUUCUCUGUGCCAAUGCAACUGGAUCUCCACGUAUUGGUGAACUGCUAGGCGAGAUCACAACAAUGACAUUCUAUCACCAGAAGAGAUAUAUUGAUUGCCGGGGUGGCCAUGUGCAACUGGUGGACGGCACAGAGCUGAGCUAUGUAGAAGACGGGACACCCUGCGGGCCCAACAUGUUGUGUCUUGAUCACAAAUGCCUUCCCGUUUCUGCCUUUAACUUCAGUAUCUGCCCAGGCAGCUGGGGUGGCCAGAUCUGCUUUGACCAUGGGGUCUGCAGCAAUGAGGGCCAGUGCAUUUGCUAUCCAGACUGGACAGGAAAAGACUGCAGUGUCUAUGAUCCUAUUCCAGACCCUAAGCCUACUGGGGAAACAGAAAAAUACAAGGGUCCCAGUGGUACCAACAUCAUUAUUGGCUCCAUUGCUGGAGCCAUCUUGGUGGCUGCUAUUGUUCUUGGUGGCACUGGAUGGGGAUUUAAGAACAUUCGCAGAGGAAGGUCUGGAGGGGCUUAGCCCCAAAUCAUAGCUUGAUCUUUGUGCUUCUGGGUCAGUAUUCUCACCAUAGGGUGGAAAAGAAGGUAACAGCGCCUUCUUCCUUUUCCUUUUCCUGGCCAGCAAAUAAUCAACACCCUAAUCUACCAAGUCUUCCAUUGCUUCCUGGAUAGACAAGGGCAGGAAUGAAGCUCUCCUUUGAAGGGGUACCACAUUGCUCUGCUUCACUGUAUGGAAAAAGAUCUUCAUGAAGGACCUCCUGCUCUUUUAUAUCUUGUCAGAUGCACCUUUUCCUCUCCUUCCAACAUUGUCUGGGGAAAAAGAGAACCCCAAAACAGCAUUUCUUCUACCUGUGCAGGUCUUCAUGUGUGCCUCACUUUACAAAUCCCAUCAAGGAAUGUACCAUGCUGGAACCACCAAAAUACUACACGCAACUCAGGGGUAUAACAACACUCUUCAGCUUCUGGAAGAUGCCACUUGGAAGACAUGCAAGCCUGUUCCUUCCCAUGAAGUAGUUUGAGCAAAAGUGGAUAUUUGGGAUAUGUUUGGCUUCUGCUAAAAUUUUGCUAUGAUUUCAAAUCAGGGAAUUGUGCAUUCAUGGCUAAUGCUUAUAAAAUUACUGGGAGUGAAGAAAUGACAUGUAUUCAUUAAUUAAAUCCAAGCCCCUUACUGUCAUAUUUUUGUUCCUAAAAGUUUGAGCUAUAAGGCUUUCUAUCAUGCUGACUGUACCAGCAUAAAUGCAAGAGCAUGCCAUUCUUGAUUUAAGGGACAAUAAUAGACAUGAUGAUAAUAUGCUAAGGUAGUACUCUAAAUGGACCAGACCUAUUACCUUUGCCCUCCGCUCCCCCACUUCCAAAGGUUAUAUUUUCUGUUUUGAAUGUGAUGGCUAUUUGUGCCACAGUGGCAAACCAGUGUUGGGAAUAGUGACAGCUCAUAACAAAAUGCAGCAAGUGGCUUCUUGGUCAGGGAUUGAGGGCGGAUCUAAUAUCACAAGUUUUGCAUGUGUAUCAGAAUCCUCCUGCCAAAAGUGAGAAUGGACACUUUUGAUUUGUUUAUGGUUGAUCUAUUCUAUCUCACCCCCAUUUUAUUUCUUUUGCUUUAAACAUUUGUUUUCCAUCAGCACGAAUGGAGAGGAAUUAUCCCAGCUUCUGAGUUCCAAAACUGGAAUUAAGCUUUCUUUUUGAAAGGGAAUCUGUGAAUAUAUUUUUUUCUCUGUAGAGAUUUGCAAAAGCCAUUAUAUAAGCUACAUGCUUUUUAUGUAUUAGGUACACAAUAUACCAUCCUUAGAAGUGGAGUGACCAGUCAACCAGAAGCCAAUCAUUCAUAAAACUGUUAUUUUAAAGACUCCUCCUCCCCACCGCCCCAGUAUCCCUGUUCUCUACCAGGAAAUUUCUGUAUUCUAGGAAGCAGCUUUUAAAUUCAUUUUUAGUCUUUCGCAACAAUUAGGUAUAUAUGGAAAGUAACUAUAUGCUAAAUGAAACAGAUGAAAUAAUUCAGAGUGGCAUAAGAAGAAAUGUUAAUAGCAAUUACUAAAUUUUUUAAAAAAGGGGUGGGGAAUUCUAUCUCCCACACAACAUGUACUUGGUCCAGUGGUGGGUU